GUAGCUGAGGUUCACAAGAUGGUUCGUUACGGGCUUUUCACGCUGCUUCUAAUAGCCAUAUACUGUGUAUCUCCCAAGCAUGGACACGUUACAAUUAGCGACAAUGGCUAUGACGGAAUUGUGGUAGCGAUACAUCGCCAUAUUUCCGAAAACCCGAGUCUGAUAGACGAAAUCAAGAAUGCCUUCACCGAUGCAUCAGCAUUUCUGUAUCGGGCAACAAAUAAUCGUGUUUAUUUUCAAAAUAUAACUAUACUGGUGCCAACUGGGUGGUCAGAAAAUUCUGGAUAUGGAAUGGCUACAUCUGAAACUUAUGAAACUGCCGAUGUCCGUGUUGACAAAGGAGCUGGGAGUGACAAUAGGCCAUACACACACCAAAUCGGUCUAUGCGGGGAGUUUGGUCAAUAUAUUCGCUUGACUGACAAGUUUUUUACUGAUGCGUCUGUUCCAACUAAUCUAGGACCUCUAGGUAAAGUAUUAGUUCAUGAAUGGGGACACCUACGUUGGGGGUUAUUUGAUGAAUACACAGUUGAUGAAGAUGAAAGCCAUUUCUAUUUUGACACAAACGGCGAACUUCACCCAGUUGCCUGUCACCAAUGGAUACGAGGUAGCUGGCCAUGUAGCGAGAGAGGUGCAGAUGGAUUGCCAUUGCCCGAUUGUGUGUUUCACCCAGAACCUACGCAACCCGAUGGCUUACCGAUCAAAUCGUCUAUUAUGUUCGCCCAGUGGAUACACGGGGUUGAGGAAUUCUGUCAUGAUGACCCGUCUGAUAUGUAUAGUUUCCACAACAGAAUGGCUCCAAACAGACAGAACAUAAUUUGCGAAGGUCAAAGUGCAUGGGGAGUCAUGCUAGAGAAUACUGACUUCAAAGAUGGUAACAACCCUACUCGAAUCAUUGACGAUACGACUCCUAAUUUUAUCAUUAAACGGAGCGGAGUUCGACGAGUGGUCUUGGUACUUGAUACAUCUGGCAGUAUGGAUGGAGAUCGAAUUCAAAGACUUUAUCAGUCAGCGACGUAUUUCAUUGAAAACAGGAUCGAAGAUGGUAGUUUUGUGGGAAUUGUUGGUUUCUCAUCCUAUGCAGUUAUACUUGCUAGCAUGACGGAACUAAAAUAUGGAUACCAACGCAGCGAGGUUUCAUCCAAGGUUCCACAAGAGGCAGAUGGGGCAACUAGUAUUGGGGGUGGUGUGCGACUCGCUCUUCAGGUAUUACAAGAUGGCAACGUGACAUCAGAGGGGGCAUCGUUGUUACUUAUCACUGACGGUGUAGAAAAUACUUAUCCCUUUUUAAUGAAUGUGAUGCAAGAGGUAUACGACUCGGGUGUCCGUGUAGACACAAUUGCGUUCACAGAAGCAGCACAAAGUACUCUCCAACAAUUGUCAAGCAAUACAGGCGGUUUAUAUAACUAUGUGCCGGAAGAUGACAAUUCAACGGCUUUCAUUGAUUCGUUAGCAGCAACAAUUAAUGAAAAUCCACUUGGAAACUCAGAUGCCAUACCAAUAACCCUGUCUUCAAGUGUGAUCUCAUUAACAACUAGUGAGAUGACCUACAAUGAUACACUGUUCUUGGAUUCAAGCUUAGGAAAUCGAACUUUAUUUUCAUUCAUAUUUCCGAAUACCGUUUUGGAUGUCGCUCUUCUCUCUCCCACCGGAGCGUGGAUUGAUAAAUACUAUAAUGGAUAUGUCGUCAAUGUGGAACAACGUAGGGUUGCUAUCGAAAUACAAGGCAUAGCGGAGGCUGGCAUGUGGAAGUAUAUUAUUUACAACAGUAUUGGCACCUCAGAUAACAUAAAGAUAAUACUAGAAUCCCGUAUGCAAUAUGAAGAUGUUGAACCUAUCCGAGUUGUAGGAAGAUUGAGCAAAACUACAUUGAAUUAUGACGUAGACCCGCAGCUGGUCGUAAGGGCGGAAGUAAAAAAAGGAUAUUCUCCCGUCAUUGGUGCCCAUGUCACUGCAACAGUUGAUACACCAAGUGGUCAAGUAGUAAUAACGUUAUUGGACAAUGGUGCAGGAGGAGACGUCAUCAAAAAUGAUGGCGUGUAUUCAGCAUACUUUCUGGAUUUCUCAUCGUGCAGUACCACGUGCAGAUAUGGAGUGAAAAUAAAUGUUAAAAACACAGAUGGCACCGCAAUGGUCAAGUCAUAUGAAAAGUUGAGCGGGGCAUUACCAAUGAAACCAGAUCUACAGGGAGUACACACAACGACAGUGCCGGCAGAUCUGUUCACAAGAUCAUCUUCAGGUGGUGCAUUCGAUGUGGAUGGAGGACCGCCACCAGGCACAAACCCAAAAGAUAUAUAUCCACCAUCCCGUAUAUCAGAUCUGAAGAUUGAAGAGCAAUCAUAUGACAAUAGAACUAUCAGAUUGGGGUGGACAGCUGUCGGCGAUGACUAUGAUAGAGGAAUAGUUCAAGAAUAUGAUUUGAGAAUGUCCACAGAUGUGGAUGAGCUAUACGACAAUGUUGACAACACAUCGAGGGUUACAAACGAUGACCUGAUUGUGGGAAAUCUAUCGUCUCCACAAAUAUCCGGAUCUCGUGAAAUGGUCGUAGUACGAUUGAACACAACGCUCAGUAAUGGUACACAAGCAUUCUCUAUUCGGGCAAUUGAUUCAGAUGGUAACCAAGGGAAACCAUCCAAUGUUGCGUUCACUACGUUGGUGUACGUGCCAACUAUAACCACAACAAGUACAACUAUAACCACAACAAGUACAACUAUAACCACAACAAGUAGUAAUCAACAGAAAUUGUUAUUAUUUCUGCUGGUUACAGUAGCGGCUGUAGCGUGUUUAAUUUUCGUAAUUAUGGCAAUGAUUGGGUUAAUUAAAUACAAACGAAGAAAGUAUCAAAGAUGA